AUGGCGGCCCGCGGCGGAGGCGGAGGGCGCGGGCCUAGCCGCGGCCGCCCGGCCCGGCCUCGGCCCCGCUGGCCUGGCCCCCGGCCUCGCUCCGUUCGGUCCGCGCGCCCGACUCCGGCGGCGCAGGAGGAGCCGCCGAGGCAGCGCUCCCAGACCGACCCCACAGCCGCCCGGAGGGAGGAGGGAGAGACUGCGGGAGGGAGGGAGCGAGCCAGGGAGCCCAGGGCCCCGCCCCGCCCGGGGGCCCGCCCCGCACCCCCCAGGCUCCGCCCCCGGAGCGCCGCCUCUCUGAAGCCGCCGGGCCAGGCCGGCCGGGGAGCGAGCGAGCGAGAGAGGGAACCGAGGACCCCGCCCCGCAUCCCGCGGCCUUGCAGCCCCCGGCUCCGCCCCCAGCUCCGCCCCCGGCGCGCGGCCUCUGAGGCACCCCGGCCGGUCCAGCCUCCAGGGAGCGAGCGAGGGAGCCCGGGGCCCCGCCCCCCCGAGGCCCCGCCCCCGGCGCGCGGCCUCUCUGAAGCCGCCAGGCCCGCCUGGCUGGGGCCCCCAGCGGGGAGGCUGCGUUGUAGCCGCGUUUCCGGGCGGGCCCUGCCCGCUUCGCCCCGCCCCGCCUGGGCGGCCGCGGGGCACCCCGGGGUGCGGGCUGAGAGCUUCGUCACUUAG